AUGGCGAAGGAACUCAAGGACAGCCUGGAAAGCUGCUCGGCCGAGGAGGUCGACCGUUUGCUUGGCGACCUCGCCCCCGAGACCUGCGACGCCUUGGCGGCAGCGCUGGCGAAGCGCAAGGCUGCAUCUUCUUCGAGCACACACUAUCGAGAGGAGGCCAUCCGAAAGCAGCUGGCCUCCGAGUUCGCGUCUACACGCAAGGGAGCUGACUCAGACCAUUUCUUUCACAGCCUCAGCUGCACGCUGACGGCCACACUGCAGAAGCAGUAUGCCACGCACGUCGCGGAGGUCACCUCAUCCAUCCAGCGCGCGCACGACGAGUCGCUGGAGAAGGAGCGGAACACUUUCAAGACCGCCUUGCUCUCCUUGGCCGAGCGCUUGGCUCCGAGAGAAGGCGAUGCAGGCGAGACCAACGAGCCACUGGCAGAUGGGGAUCGCGUUUUCCUGGAAGCGGCCCAGCUCCAGCAGCAGGUUGCCGCUGUCUCAGCUGUUUUGCAUCCGAACCUGGAUGCCACAGAAGUGCCCUACACGCAGGAGCCGUCGGGCCAAAACGUGGACAUGGGAGAGCGGGGGGGUGGUUUCGGUUGCUUUUAUCGGCAUCUUGCCUUCUGA